GCCCACCCUCGCUGUUUUGAUGUGGAGAACCACAUUCGUACUUCAGCAGAGCAGCACUCCGGUGGCGGUUGCAGAGGGGCAAUUUGGGUAUCUCCUCGAUCUCUUCUGACGAAUAGGGUAAUCUGAGGAGAACGUCGCAGGGGGAAUAGAGAGAGAGAGAGAGGAUUUGAGAAAGAUGGUUACUCUGGCUGCUCGGCAGGGAAGACAGCUUCAGCGAUAUAGCAGCACCGGAGGCCGGCUUGUUGUCGGAUGCAUUCCGUAUAAAUUUGACGUGAACUGCUCGAGUAAUGAUCUGCUUCAUUCUUUGGAGGUUCUUGUGAUCAGUUCUCAGAAGGGAUACGGAAUGAUGUUUCCUAAGGGUGGGUGGGAAAGUGACGAGACAGUGAAACAAGCAGCCUCGCGAGAAGCUUUAGAGGAAGCUGGUGUGCAAGGAAAUGUAGAGCGAAGACUCGGUAAAUGGAAGUACAAAAGCAGUACACAGGCCAUAAAUGAGAGUGUAAUGUUUCCACUGAAAGUAACCGAGGAACUAGUCCAUUGGCCUGAGAUGAGUGCUAGGCAGCGCAAAUGGGUCUCUGUGGAAGAAGCAAGGGAAGGAUGUAAACAUCCAUGGAUGAGAGAAGCCUUGGAUAGAUUAGUGAGGCGACUUUCAAGUUUGAUCCGCAAUCGAAAGUCUGCUACAGUGGCAUAAUGCCAUAAGAAGGAAUUGUAAUUGCCUGUAUAUAAUUUUGCUUUUAUCGGCAUACUUAGAAUUGAACCAGGAAUGAAAUAUCAUGAGUGGUGAUGUGUAUUAGCCAUGAAUUCCAAAUCAAAAAACUUGAAAGAUAUAUAACUGAAUUCUUUUUAGCAAAUAGUUUUAGGAUAUCAAUUCUUUGUUUCUGCUUUCUUGGCACCCUUUUUCUGACCUGCAAAAUGUAGUAAAAUUUUCUUUUCUAGAUUA